UCCUCUAUUUAGAUAAAAAAAACUCAAGUAUAAAGAAUUCGAUCGGCUUAAUUCACACUGAACAUUCAUAAAAUACUUAGUAAACAAAAAACUAUUAUGCAUUUUGUCAACUUUUUUAAAUGAUACUUUCGGGAUGUUGGAAUGUACCUAAUAUGAUAAAUCAAGGUACACAAGCUAAGCUUGAGAAAGAUCAGCGCCUAGAAAAAUGGUUGCAAGUAUGCAUAAAUCACAUUGCCGUUCUGCAGAUGUGCAUCAAACCUAUAAUAUUGGUGCGGUCCAUAUGAUAUCGAAGAUCGCAAAAGAAGUGGAUCUGCAGCUGUCGCAAAACACCCUAAGCCUUGUCGUGGUCGAGCCCGCCAACAAAGGGGGACUUCAAAUGAAGAUAUCUAUCGACAGGGACGAACUUUUCUCUGAAUACAUAAUGGGCGGUGUUUCUACUGAGCGCAACGAGAUUCAUUUGGAAGUACCGGUGGGAAUGCUGGCUGAAGUGCUCAGACAUGCUGUAUCUGCCCAUUCAUUUAGGUUAAAGCUGUCAAAGAAAGCUUCGCCCAUUUUGGUUGCUGUAGCUGAACUUCCUUCGGCAGUCAGCGCCGAGAGAUGUGUCUCACACGACAUUCCUGUUAGGGUGAUUCCUGUAGCAAGUUGGAUAAAGGUGGCUGAACAAGAAGACAUGGAGGCUAAAGUUCGUUCCUUUCAGGUACAGCAAAUCCGAAUUCUACUAGAACGAAUGCGGUCAAUAUCAAGCACGUGUGUCUUCAAUAUCAUCAAAAACAACGAUGGUGACAUAGAGCUUAUAGCAUCGGCCGAAAUACCCCAGCAAGUACGGGUCGCUACUACAUUUAAGGAAGUUCAAUAUCCAGCAGAAUGUGGUGCAGCAGAAGUGCAGAUUGAUAUUCGUAAGCUGUCGUCAAUAUUCGGUGGACUUCAGACGCUUCCUACAUCCUUUGAAAUUCAUAUGGUGAACAAAAACUUUGCACAUAUAAUUCUUGACUUCGACGAUAUGCGUGCGUUACUUGUUGCUCCAUCUGCCGUACACUGACUAACAUAACACUUAGUCAGACAUGUGAGGUACAAGCAGGCACCACUAACUCGUGGUGCCAUGGUUAUAAUAUGUGACAUCUGAGACUGGAAGAUGUCAGCAAAGUAUGGUGUUUAAUAAGAGCUCAAUAGACAAUGGCAUUAUACUAAGCGCACGAAAGUGUUUUGCCUUGUGGUUAAAGUAGAAUAGCGUACCAAAAAUUGAAAGACUCGUAAGAGAUUAGAUUACCAAUCAUUAAUAUGUACAACAUAUAUGUGCACAACAAUUUUUAUUCUGCAACAGUGACGUCACAGACUGUGUGUCAAAUGCAACGCAUACUACAAUGGACCUAUAUCGAACGUAAUAACAAUUAUUACUACAACCAUUAUAUAGUAAUUUUAGUUAACUUUUCAAGAACAAUACAUAAUUAGUUCAAUUAUUUAAUUAAGCUUCCUUAUGUAUGUUUUGUGGGUUAUGUUGCACCCAUCGACAUAUAUUGAUGCAAUAAAAACUAAUUUGUAGAGCCUUAUCGUGUUCAGAAAAAAGUAUUGAAAAACCUUA